AACACAACUAUUCUCCUUAUUAUUAUCAUCAUAAAUCACAACUCUAGUAUCCAUUUUCUUUCUCCCUCUUCCUCUCUCCUUAAUUUUCCAAGGUCAACAACCAGAGGAAAUUGCACUUACACGAGGGUGAGUUGUGUUAGUUUCGUGUUUCAUGGAGUCGUCUUCUUCUUCUUGGUCAAAGAAAAAAGCACCGACCCUUCCACCAUAAUCACACCCUACUUGAACUUGCUUUACUACUCUUUCUCCUUAUGGUUCUUUAAAGCCAUCUUCUUUCUACGCGUUAAAUCAAGUCAACAAGAUGAAAUUUAGUAUUUUACUAAACAUCGAUCUCAUCCACCUGCUAGCCAUGGCCUACUUCACUUGUUGCCCUUGAUUUUCCAUCUCCCGUGUUGUUUUUCUUUUCUCCAUUGUCGCUUUUAUCUUCUGCUAAUUCUAGGUACGACAAAAAGAAUUUUACUGAAUUAGUUUGUUGCCCUUCAUGGAGUUUGGAAGAGAUCAAGGGUUUUAUGGAGAAGAAGAAGAAGAGCACUUGAGUCAUAAAGGUAAGCACCCUUUUUCUAAUUACUCUUUCUCCACCUCUCACUCCUCAUCUUCUUCCCACUUCAAGCCCCAGAAUCCGGCUCUUCUCACCGGCGCCAGCCGCUGGGAUUCGCAGAUUCACAACAUAGGUUCAUGGUUAGGCAACAGAUACGACCCAGAUGAGGAAUAUAACUCCAAGUCAUGCAGCGAUGGCGGAGUCACAGGGAAGCUUGAUUUCAUGGAUGCUUCACCAGCAACCGAAUUAGACGAACCUCCUCAAGCUGAUUCGGAUUCGUCCUCGUCGGUUUUGGAACUUCACCGGACUGGUGGUGCAACCGCCGACACUGUUCUUCCGAUCGAGAAGGAGCACAUGUUUGACAAAGUGGUAACCCCAAGUGAUGUGGGUAAAUUAAACCGUCUGGUGAUUCCGAAGCAGCACGCGGAGAAGUAUUUCCCACUAGAUUCAUCCUCAAACGAAAAGGGUCUGCUGUUAAACUUCGAGGACAGGAACGGGAAGGGAUGGAGGUUCAGAUACUCUUACUGGAACAGUAGCCAAAGCUACGUGAUGACGAAAGGCUGGAGCCGGUUUGUAAAAGAGAAAAAGCUCGACGCCGGAGACAUAGUCUCGUUCCAGCGAGGCGUCGGUGAGGCAGGGAAAGAUCGUCUUUAUAUAGACUGGAGGAGGAGGCCAGAUGCGCCCGAUCCAACCCACCAUUUCCCUCUCCACCGCAGUAUCCCCUGGAGUCCGCUGCUUCUGCGCCCACAAACCAUGGCGAGGGACCAUCAUUUUCACCUCCCACAUGUUGCAAGUCUCAAUCGAGCUAGCUAUUAUGGCGGUUCCGUAGUGAACCCGGUCGGCACAAUGGGGUCGGUUUUGUACCUCAGACCAGGGUCGCAGCAAAUGGGCAUGGUCGAGUGGCCGCAGCACCAGCAUCAGCGAGAGCAUCCAAUGGUGUUUGACUCGGUGCCGGUGGUCCAUGGUAAAGCGGCGGCCAAGAGACUUAGACUGUUUGGCGUGAACAUGGAUUGUCCCAUUUCGAAUUCUGAGGAGCAUGAGACUCUAACUCACCUUUCAUCGUCGUCGUCAUCCUCUCAACACUCCCUCCAAUUACGACUCUACAACGGCACACCGUUUACGCCGACGGAUUUCCUCAACAAAGAAAAUUAGUUAAUCGAUGCAGUGAAAUGUGUAAUUUAAUUGAAGAACCCAGUGGUUGCAAUGGCUGUAAUUAGGGGUCAAUGAUGCGAACAACACGAGAAGAAGAAGGUGAGAGAAGCCUAAAAAGAACUGAACUGCGGCGACUGGCCAGCUAGCUAGACUACUAAAUGGGUAUUAGAUGUUUAAAUUCCCUCUGAUUUUCUACUUUUUGUUGAUUGCAAGAAUACCCAGAAAGUGAAA